GAUCCAUUAGUUACAGGGAUGAAAUACAAUUGAACCUCUUAUUCGAACGAAAGUGGUCAGAAAGAAGUAGUUUUUAAUACAUUUUACGUGGUGCCUUAUAAAGUGCAUUAACAAUUACCCAGUGCUUAGUAUGGCAGAUGAGAAAAGUUUCGAUCAUCUCUACGAGAAUCUGAUUCUAAUUGACGGAGCGGCCAAUCUGGUGCACAAGAAGUUCACCCGGGACCAGGAGUCUGUGAUACAGAGGGCUAAAGAUGCAGGAGUCCAGAAGAUCAUGGUACCGGGCUCAUCAGUGAAGAGCAGCAAAGAAGCACUCAGGCUAUCACGAAUCUACCCUGGGAUUGUAUAUUCAACCGCGGGCAUUCAUCCACAUGACUCCAAGUCAAUUCAGGAGGAACCAGACUCAUGGCUGGAAUUCUCAGCCAUUGCCCAGGCGCCUGAGUGUGUGGCCAUCGGACCCUGUGGCCUCGACUACCAAAGAGACUUUUCCGAACCCGAAGUUCAAAAGGAAAUCUUCGAAAAGCAAAUUCAACUCGCCUGCCAACUUGACAAGCCGCUCCUCAUUCACGAGAGAUCUGCCCAAGAAGACUUACUGGAAAUACUCAAGAAAUAUCCGGAAGUGCCCCAAGUAAUUGUUAAAGGCUUUAUGGGCACCACAGACGAAGCACUGAAAUACCUCGGCCGAGGUUUCUUUUUAGGAUUAACUGGCUACUUGUGUAAGGACAAAUCGGACACCGGUGUCCGUAAACUUCUGGAGGAUGGAACUCUGGCAGUGGAUAAAUUGCUGGUGGAGUCAGAUUCUCCAUUUAUGUAUCCAAAUACGAGGGCAUCAAAAUUGCCUCAACACGUAAAGACUGCUAUUACUGAGAGAUCUUUACUGUUUCUACACAGAUACUGUACUUUUCAACGCAACGAACCGUGUAGUUUGCCAGCGAUUGUGGAAAUGAUUGCGGCCUUCAUGAAGAAGACACCUGAAGAAGUGGCUCUAGCCACUGCUUUCAAUGCCCUCAAACUCUUUGGAUUAUCUCAGUAAAACAAAAAUCCAUGAAUGAUUUUGGGCUCGAAACGAAAAAAAAAAACAUCGUAUUCUUUUUCAACAAAUUCUUCUUUUAGCCCCUUUGUUUUUGCUACGAAGGGGCUAUAUAUUUUCCAAAAUUUUGUAUACCCAAAAUUAUAUUUUUACUCCCUAUUUAUUCUCUAAUCACCAAAAUUAUUAUUCAUCUUAUAUAUUAGUUGAUAUGAUAAUCUAAUCAAUUGCAAUUGAUAAGAAAAAAAAUCUUGCCUUAGGUGUUUUAAUUUUAUGUCUAUCUUAAUGGGGAAAAAUCUAUGAUAAUAUUUUUUUUUAAGUUUUAAAAUCACAAUUUAUCAGUACAAAAUUGCUUCCAUACACUUUUCCACAAAAUAGUUGAGAAAGAAUGUAAACAAAAAUAUUUGCACUUGUUAAUUGUUAGGUACAACAAAUAUUACGCAAUAUCCUUAAAUCUCAUUUAAAAUGAAGAAACAAAAAUAGUUGAUUUUAAGUUUAAAAAGAAAAAGGAAAAGAAUUGUUUGAAGUAUUCUGUUUGACGAAUGAGGCCUUAUUCAUAUCAGGAUCUUCCUUCAAAUCACUUGUUGAUAAUGAAUAUCACAAAUAAAUUUCCCAAUUUCUUAGCUAAGAACAAAAAAAAAUAUAUGCAAUAUUUUUUUACAAAAAAAAAUCUAUGAUUAUAAAAUGUAUCGCAAGGAUAAAAAAAUCUCCCAUAUAAAUGCCUUUAAUGUAGUGAAAGAGAGCGUGAGAAAUUGAUUGGAAAAAUGUGUAGAAUUUUAUAUAUAUUACUAUUAUAAAAAAAAAACAAAUAAUCAACUUUUUAUAUUGAGAAAUCAAGCAAAAAAAUGUGUUUCACAAAAAAAAAUUAUGACUGAAAAUGUGUAAAAUAUAUUUCUGUAAAUAUAUUUUGUAAUAAUCAGAUUUCUUACUGUAUUAUUUCAAUAUAGAAAAAAAAAUGCAAUUUAUUUACAAUAUAUUGAUGUGAUAUUUUGUGGAUGAGAAAUCUGUUUGGCCAGACAGACUACUAAAAUUAUAUCAAAGUGCCAUUAUAAUUAUUAGAAAUAUAUUUUCGGAAAGCACAAA